AUGGAUUUUUUUACUCAGAAACUGAACCAGCUCGCCAAGUGGCUGCGCGACACGACGGAGCCGUUCGACGGAAUCCAGCUCAUCCUCACCAGCAACUUCUUCCUACUGCCCCCAAUCACCAGGCCGGCUCGAGAUGCGAAGCGGGCGCCGUACCUCUUUGAAUCCGAGUCCUGGGACAAAUGUGUGACCCAAACCAUCGUCCUCAAACACGUCUUUCUUUUUGUUGACCUUCUGAAUGAGAUCCGGAUGGGCACCGUGUCGCUUCGGACGAGCGAGAUCAUGGCCUCGCUGACUAAACCAGUGAAAUACAAGGACGACAUCCUUCCUACCGAACUCUAUCCGAGAAAGCAUGAAGUCACUCUGGCCAAUCAGGAACAUUUGAAGAGCCUCAGGUCGCCCAAAGUUCUCUUCACGGCUGAGGACGUUCGGACGUCUAAAUGCCAGAUCAGCGACUCCAAACUCUCGCGACAUCUGGACAAAAAUACUCUAGCUCCCUAUCAAUCAGUCUUGAAGGUGGGCGCGCAGGUCAUGUUGAUCAAAAAUCUCAGAGACUAUAAGCUGGUGAAUGGGUCCGUUGGUGUUGUCACUGGUUUGUACGCGGAUGGGGGAGCAGAAGACGCAGCACAUGGCGAGAAAGCAGGGCCGAACAGACUGCCAAAUACGCGCCCAUUCAAUAACAAUCAAAGCAAGGAGAAGCUGUGGCCCAAAGUCCGAUUCACCACCGGCCAUGCCGUCCUUCUGAGACCGUCCGAGUUCGAGUACGAGAACUCUCAGGGAGAAGUCAUUGGUUCCCAGUCACAGGUCCCCUUGAUUUUGGCUUGGGCAUUGAGUAUCCAUAAACCUCAGGGCCAAUUGCUGGAUCGUGUAAAGAUCGACCUCCAACGUGCUUUCAGACAGGUAUAUGUAGCGUUAUUACGGGCAACAAGUGUGAAUCGGCUCCAAGUUCUUGGCUUCACCGCUUCAAAAGUGAUGGCUAAUAAGGUUGUUGUCGAAUGGGCGAAGAAGUCCCUCUUGAAUUAA